AUGGCCACCUCUGGACGCCUCAGCUUCACCGUGCGCAGCCUCCUGGAUCUGCCCGAGCAGGACGCGCAGCACCUGCCUAGGCGGGAGCCAGAGCCGCGCGGCCCCCGACCCACGCCCUGCUCCGCCUGGCUGGAGUCGGAGCGCGGCCACUACCCCUCCUCGGACGAGAGCAGCCCGGAGACGGGCCCGCCUGACUCGACGCAGCGGCCGUCCGCCCUGCCCGCGUCUCCGGGUUCAGACGCCGAGAAGAGGAAGAAGCGGCGAGUGCUGUUCUCCAAGGCGCAGACGCUGGAGCUGGAGCGGCGCUUCCGGCAGCAGCGCUACCUGUCGGCGCCCGAGCGCGAGCAGCUGGCGCGCCUGCUGCGCCUCACGCCCACGCAGGUCAAGAUCUGGUUCCAGAACCAUCGCUACAAACUGAAGCGCGCGCGCGCGCCGGGGACCGCCGAGCCACCGGACCUGGCCGCCUGCGCCGAGCUGCACGGCGCGCCCAGCCUGCUGCGCCGAGUGGUGGUGCCGGUGCUGGUGCGUGACGGGCAGCCGUGCGGCGGCGGCGGCGAGCCAGGCACCGCUGCAGCCCAGGACAAGUGCGGCGCGCCCGGGGCCGCCGCCUGCCCCCUGCCGGGCUACACCGCCUUCGGGCCCAGCUCGGCGCUCGGCCUCUUUCCCGCCUACCAGCACUUAGCGCCCCCAGCCCUGGUCUCCUGGAACUGGUGA